AUGAUUGUCGUCGGCUGGGAUGGCACAGACAAUAUCGCCAGCCUGGGCAGCCUGCCCCUGGAUUUACCCGAAGGCGACUAUCAACUGCUGGAUGCGGUGUCUGACCUGCAGGUUACCGGCUGGGGCUUAGGCAGCUAUCAGUUCAGCCGAUAUAAACAACCCACCCGGCAGGCAGCAAGGCUGCUGAUCCCCGCUGACAACAACGCCGCAAGCAUCAUCAAUAUCUGCACCGCCACCUGCCUGACCCGAGAUCUGAUCAAUACCCCGGCCCAGGACAUGGCGCCUUCACACCUUGAAGCUGAAGUCACCGCGCUGGCUGAGCAGUUUGAAGCGCAAUGUCAGAUCACCCGCGGCGAUGAACUGCUUGACCUGGAGUGUGGAGCCAUCCACGCCGUCGGUCGCGCAGCGGAUGAUGCGCCUCGUCUUAUCGAUCUAACCUGGGGUGAUCCUGAACAUCCAAAAGUGACGCUGGUCGGAAAAGGGGUGACUUUUGACAGCGGUGGCCUGGACAUCAAACCACCAAACGCCAUGCGUUGGAUGAAAAAAGAUAUGGGUGGCGCCGCCAACGUCAUUGGCCUGGCUUAUCUGAUCAUGGCCCAGGCGCUGCCAGUACGACUGCGCGUACUUGUACCCGCGGCGGAAAAUGCUAUUGCCGGUAAUGCCUUCCGACCAGGUGACGUCCUGCACACCCACAAAGGGUUAACAGUGGAGAUUGACAAUACCGACGCCGAAGGACGUUUGUUGCUUUGUGAUGCGCUGUCCAUUGCCUGCGAAGAUAAACCUGAGCUGAUUUUUGACUACGCGACCCUCACCGGCGCCGCGCGCGCGGCUGUGGGGGCGGAACUUUCAGCCAUGUUCUGUAACCAUGAUGGACUCGCUGCCGAUCUUCACCAACACGGCGACGAGAUUGACGACCCGCUCUGGCGUAUGCCGCUGCACCAGGGUUACAACUUCAUGAUUGAGUCAAAGAUUGCCGACGUGGUGAAUUCUGCUGCCUCACCUUACGCAGGUGCUAUUACCGCCGGGCUGUUUCUGCAGAAAUUUGUCGACCAUGAUCGUGGCGAGGCAAUGGGUUUGCGAGCGGUCUACAACUACCUGGCGGCAACUUAUGGGGGCUUGAUUGCGGCUAUCGCGCAGGACGCCACCUCCCGCCAGGUACUCAUGCUCGCAUGGAUGGAUCGCACGGCGAUCGAACGGACCAUUGAACAGGGCCAGGUAUGGUACUUUUCCCGCAGCCGCAACACCUACUGGCGCAAAGGCGAAUCUUCCGGACAUACCCAGCAACUGAAAAGCAUGGCGUUCGACUGCGACGGUGACGCCGUGCUGCUGGAAGUGAACCAGACUGGACCGGCCUGUCACACUGAUCGUCCACACUGCUUUUAUCUGCAGGUGCAGGGACAGCAGGUUGUUGUUAUGCCAGAGAUUUACUUCCACAACACGCUGAGCGGUAAAAAAGAGCUUUUUACCCCCAUUGAUCCAGAGCGGGUAACGGUAUAUGUCUGCGGCCCAACGGUGUACAACUUUGUACACAUCGGCAAUGGUCGACCUGCGGUAGUUUUUGAUGUGCUGACACGCCUGCUGCGCAGCAUCUAUCCUCAUGUCAGCUACGCCCGCAACGUCACCGACAUCGACGACAAGAUUAAUGCCGCGGCACUGGCGAACGGUGAGCCGAUCCAGGCGCUUGCAGAUCGCUUCACCAGCGCUUACGAAAAAGACAUGACCACCCUGGGUGUUAUACCCCCGGAUGUUGCACCCCGGGCGACACACCACAUCGAUGAAAUUGUGGCCAUGAUCGAAGAGCUGAUUGCCAGCGGGCACGCGUACGCGAACGAAGGGCAUGUGUUGUUUGAUGUGCCUUCAGACCCCAGCUACGGCAGCCUUUCCCGGCGCUCACUGGAAGAUAUGCUGGACGGCGCCCGUGUUGAAGUGGCGCCUUAUAAAAAGGACCCAAAAGACUUUGUCUUGUGGAAACCAUCCAGCAAAGAGCAGCCUGGUUGGCCCAGCCCCUGGGGAGUCGGCAGACCGGGUUGGCACAUUGAGUGCUCGGCGAUGAUUCGCAAACAUCUCGGCCGCAGUAUCGAUAUUCAUGGCGGCGGCUCAGACCUGACCUUCCCGCAUCACGAAAAUGAAGCGGCCCAGAGUCGCUGCGCGAAUCAUACGCCGGACUACGUCCGCUACUGGUUGCAUAACGGCAUGCUCACCAUGGGUGGUGAGAAGAUGUCCAAAUCCGUAGGGAAUGUGCACACUAUUCAUGAGCUCGCGGAGCAGUACAGUGGCGAAGUGCUGCGCUACGCAUUGUUAGCGGGUCAAUAUCGCUCACCCCUGGCCUGGUCUGAUGACCUUAUUCAACAGGCCCAAUCGAGCCUCGACAGUUUGUAUCAGGCGCUGCGGGAUAAACCUGUCGAUGCCGAGGAAACAAAAGACUUUUCUCAGUUGGACAGCAGCGCGUUUCCUGAAGCUGUUGUGGCGGCGUUAUGUGAUGACCUGAAUACACCCGAGGCACUGGCCGCAAUGCAUGAGCUGGCUGCGGAUCUACAGAAAGCGGACAAUCAAACAGCCAUCCAGAGCGCCCGACAACGUCUGCUAGCAGGUGGCUGGUUGCUGGGUUUGUUAGCGCAGGAUGCAGAGACAUAUUUUACCGCUGCCGGUGGCGAGUUAGGCGCGGGUGAUUUAAGCGCUGAUGAAAUCGAUGCACUGGUAGAGGCACGUAAUGCUGCGCGCGCCAACAAAGACUUCGCCGGCGCCGAUCAGAUACGGGAUCAGCUGGCUGCCGCGGGCAUAGAGCUUGAAGAUCUGCGCGAAGGAACCCGCUGGCGCCGUGAUGCACUCGAACAGGUCGGCUAUCAGCCUGAUCGUGAACAGGUUCGUUUCGCGGCAUCCGGCUACCUGCUAACCGAACUGCCGCUGGGCAAAUUCACCUCGGACCGUUACGGCACUCACCACGUCAACAUUGAACACCAGGCACUACUGAACCUGCUCACGCCUGACUUCCCCUUAACCGACAAGCUCGAAACAGCGCCCGAACAACAAGCGCUGGAACAGAACCACUCCCUGCUGUUGGAUUGUGCUCCGGGACCAGGUCCAUCGAGCACGCCUACCCACGAGUUAUGGCAUGCAACCGCGCCAUUUGAACCUAACAUCGCCAAGGCAAACAUGACCUGGCUGGGCAGAGGGCAAACCUGCUGGCAGUUUGCCACGCCAAGCGCUCUGCACUAUGUUUUUGCCACUCCAGUGAACGAACCAUUUGUCAGCAAUGAAUGGCAUAGCAGCCUGCAGGCGCCGCUGGCAGGCGCUGAACAGGUGUUACGAUUUGACGCCCUCAACACUUCAGUGCGCGAACACUGGUAUGCAGGACAUGUUGCCUACCUGGGAGAUGCCUGUUACACAGCCAAUCCGUUCAGCCGCGAAACCCGCCAUAUCGGAUUGGAAGAUGCAUGGGUAUUGAGUCGCAUGAUGGACAACUACGAGGAAGACAUUGGCGAUGGCCUGCGCGAGUAUCAGAAAUACCGGCGCCCCCGAGUGCAAAAAGUAGCCGCCAAGAAUGCACUGGCGGCACAGCAGCAUUUGCCAACCGAUAAACUAGGUCGCAUCAGAAGAAAUAUCAGCCUGGCAUUUGGCACACGCUUCAUGCCCGAGAUUGCCAUGCAAAAAAUUGAUUGGCUGUACAGCUAUGACAGCAUUCUGCCUGCACUACACGAUUACAUACGUAUUCCAAACAAAUCACCCAGUUUCGAUUCUGACUGGGAAGCCAACGGUUUUAUGCUCGAGGCGGCACAGAUGCUGCUGGCGUGGACCAGCCAGGUCACAAUCGACGGACUGCAGGCGGAGAUCAUCACGCUGCCGGGUCGUACCCCGCUGAUUUUCUGCGAAGUUUCCGCAACCAAUGGCCAUAACGCAGCCACUGAUCCCUGCGUACUGCUGUACGGCCACUAUGAUAAACAACCGGAAUUCGACGGCUGGGAACCUGGUCUGUCACCCUGGGAGCCGGUUGAACGCGACGGCAAGCUAUAUGGUCGCGGUGGCGCUGAUGAUGGCUACGCUUUAUUUUCCUGCCUGACCGCCAUCGAGGCGAUGCAACAAGCCAACCUGCCGCACCCGCGCUGCGUUGUUCUGAUUGAAGGCUGCGAAGAGAGCGGCAGUUUUGAUCUGCCUCAUUACAUGGAUCAUCUGCGCUCACGCAUCGGCAGCACAGAACUGGUGAUCUGCCUGGAUGCAGAGUGUGGCAACUACGAUCAACUGUGGGUGACCACGUCGUUGCGCGGCAUGUUACCCGGCGUGCUGAGCGUGGACAUCCUGACCGAGGGACAACACAGUGGCGCAGCCGGAGGCAUUGUGCCCUCCUCUUUCCGCAUCAUGCGCCAUCUGAUUGAGCGGGUGGAAAACGCUGCAACAGGAGAAUUACACAACGCCCUCUCGGUUGUGAUCCCCGAUGCGAUAGAAAGGGCUGCGCGGGAUGUCGCCCAGGUGGUUGGCCCCGAAGUGAUCCAUCGCUUUCCCUGGGUAGACGGCGCCAGUAUCGAUACGGAUGAUCUUGCUGAUCUGAUUGUAACCAAUACCUGGCGACCCAGUAUGGCGACAGUCGGGCUUGCCGGUGCACCGGACAUCCACGACGCAGGUUAA